GGACGCAGGCAGGGGCGGGAGCGGCGGGGCGGUGCAGCAUCUAGGUCUUCCCUUUCCUGCCUCCGGACCCCGUGAGGGGCGCGCGCCUCUCCCCGCCUUCCAGCAGUCCUAGUAGGGCCCGGGCGAGUCCGCGUUCUGCAGCGGGAGGUCCUCGUCGCCCCUCGUCUCCAGCCAGCACCAAGAGGAUGGUGGCCCUUGGCCUCCUGGUGCAGAGCAUCAGUCCCGCGCUGGGAGUGUGGAGAGAUGUGUGGGAAGCAAGCCGUUCUUGAGGAAGUGGGGCCCACAGAGAAGUCAGCAGCCCCUUAGCCCUCACGCUUCCAAGGAACAGAACGAUGGAGAAGCCUGCAGGCAGAAAAAGGAAGACGCCGACCCCGAGGGAGGAAGCAGAUGUGCAGAAGGGCAUACUCAGAGAGGAGAAGGCGUCCGGGGACAGAAAGCCGCCCGAGAGGCCCACUGUGCCCAGGAAACCCCGCACAGAGCCCCGCCUGAGUCCUGAAGACGAAGAGCACAUCUUUGAUGCCUUCGACGCUUCAUUUAAAGAUGACUUUGAGGGGGUUCCCGUGUUCAUUCCUUUUCAGAGGAAGAAACCCUAUGAGUGCAGUGAGUGUGGGCGGAUGUUUAAGCACAAGACAGACCACAUUCGCCAUCAGAGGGUCCACACGGGAGAGAAGCCCUUCCAGUGUGUGCAGUGCGGGAAAGCCUUCCGGCACAGCUCCGACGUCACCAAACACCAGAGGACUCACACAGGAGAGAAGCCCUUCAAAUGCGGGGAGUGCGGGAAAGCCUUUAACUGCGGCUCCAAUCUCCUGAAACAUCAGAAGACGCACACCGGGGAGAAGCCCUACGAGUGCACGGACUGUGGGAAAGCCUUUGCCUACAGCUCCUGUCUCAUCCGCCAUCGGAAACGCCACCCUCGGAAGAAGCCCUGAGCUGGGGCCGUCUGUGGACUCAGGCCCUACAGUGCGAGCCUCGCCGGCCGCCUGCUCCGUGGCUCCCUCGUGUUCAGCGUCUGGUGGGGGCACAGGGCCAUGUGCACUGUGUUCCGUGCCCUGGGGACCCCCGGAAAAUCAGCCUGGUCAGAUGUGGGAACGUGCAAACGAGCGAGCGACCUUUCCACUGCAGAGAAUCUCUUUGGAUCAAGACACUGCAGUAAUGUAGAAGCCACGAGAGGCUCCUUGCAGCCACAGACCAUUUUCCAGGUUCUUCGAUGGCUCACGGGGCUCAGCACCAGAGAGCAGGGUGUGUUCACUGCCAUCCGUGGGACGGGUUUGGGUCACCUCAGAGCACCCAGCAGGAGAGGCUCCUGGUGUGGCGGGCGGCCGAGCACUUCCCGCUGCCACCUGCCUGUGAUGUCCUCUCUGCUUAAGCCUUUCAUCUGCUGCUGAACGCCCCAGUCUGGACACUCUGCUCUCUGGGUCCCCGAGCUCUGCAGCGAGCCCCAGGACCACUCGUCCCUUCCCGGCCUCUGUGCCCGAACUGUGCUUGGUUCUCUGGCUUCUCUCCUCCUGCUGGAGCGCCAGUCCCUGAGCUCAGACCCCGUCCCUGGAACUGGGCCACACUCCGCGCCCUCUUGGCCCAGCCUUGCUCCCAGAGAGGCGGCCUGACUUACCUGGAUGGACUCGGGACAAAGGUUCCUCAGGACCUUGGACACCACCACCUGCUGAGCUUCCUGCCCCAGCCACGUGGUGGGGCCCCUGGGGUGCCCUCAGCAGCUUCAGUCCAGCCUGCAUCUGCCCCUUGGCCUUCCGACGUUAGCGGUGGGCCCCAGCCCCACGGAGCAGCCCAGUAUUCAGGGCCGAUAAGACGGACCCCCAGAUGUGGAAUGACAUCUCACCAAAUGCCGGCCCCGGGUCAUGCCCACAGAGACACCUGCAGCAGUGCACAGAUGGCAGGACCACCUCGGCCUCUGUAGGAGCGGGCAGGCUGGUAGAGCAGAUCACCCCCAAAGCAGGAAGUUCCAGAUCAAAUAUGCAUAAGAAGCAACCUCAAAACUAACAAAAAGAUUCGCACACUCCUCAGUUCAGAGGAGGAGCAGAGAUUAAGAAAAGGAGAAGAAAAGCGCUCGGAAGAGAAGAAAAGGAACCUCCUCCUGUGUGGCAGGCGCCUGGCCCGGGGAGGGCGGUGUGCGGCAGGCACGUGCAGGGGAGCAGCCUCUGAAAUGCCUAGAAAUAGCUCCCAGGCGUUCACUUGGCUCCCAAACAUCUUCAGAGGUCAAAACCAUCACAGUGGGCAGCUUUCCACCAGUGACCCCAGUGUUCACUGUCCUCAGCCCACUGCAGAGCCAUCCUAGUGGGGCAGUGGACGCAGGGCGCGGGCUCCUGACUCCAGUGAGGCCACCCUGGAGGGAGUCCCAGGAAUCAGCCUAAUGUUCAGAACCUUCCCGGCAUCUCAGAAGUGUACUGGGGGAGACGUGAGGACCCUUCAGCCAAGUGUCAGCAUUCUCAUUGCAGGAGAACAUCAAAGCCGCAACCCAGAAACUUCUCAGGAGCAUGGCGCACCCACACCAGCCCCGGGCUCCACCUGGACAGCACCUCCUGGGCCACCCUGACCAGCGGGCACCACCCUCCCAGGCUCACGCAGCCACCCUGACCAGCAGGCACCAUCCUCCCAGCCUCACCCAGCCACCCUGACCAGCGGGCACCAUCCUUUCAGCCUUGCUCGGCCACCCAGACCAGAGAGUGGCCCUGACCAGCAGGCACCAUCCUCCCAGCCCCACUCACCUGCCGUGACCAGCAGGCACCAUCCUCCCAGCCUCACUUGGCCAGCCGAGCUCUGUGGGCCUCAGAGUGCAGAGUACCUCAAAUGUUGUGACUUUGCUCGGCUGCAGGGACGUGCCAUGGAGUGUCCCUUGUGCGAGCAUUUUGUGAGCUAUGCCAGCAUCUGUCCCCACAGGCUGCAUCCCUGAGCCAUUUCUCAGGAGAGCAGGAAGUGAGCAGGGGGAGGGGCGCUGCCAGCCAGCCCUGGGACCAGAGGUCUGGGGAUGCAGCCAGCCAGCCCUCCUCAUCUGGGCCUCUGUUUCCUCUUUGACACGGGGAAGCAGGGAGGGGCCGAUCAGCGACUGAGGCUCGUUGGCUCUGGUGGGGUCCACCUGCGUUUCUGGAGAGCCCAUGGACCCCGGACUGUACCCGGACUUCAUUCCCAGUGACCUCUCCUAUUGGUCCCCAUUUGGGGCACUGAGAUGUGACCGUUUCUUUCCUGUGAAUGAGCUGACAUCAAAACAUGCUGCAGAGGAAGAUAGGCCUUAGGGACAGUGUCCUGCGCCUCUGCACCAGGAGAAAAGCCGUGUCCCCAAGGGAGACUCAGAGCUGAGGUGGUGGUGGGCAGGGCUCCUGUGGAGCUGGGGCAGGGCAGGGUGUCUCUGAGGUCAGUGAGGAACAGCUGAGCCCAGGGAUGCGGGAAGGAUGGGGGUGCACUCUGGGAUGGGGCCAGCAGGGAGCCUCGUGCUUACAGAGCCUGGUGUUGGCACUCUCCUGGUUUCGUCUGCAAACCCAGCCACAUGGUCAGGGAGCCCGGGCCGAGCAGACGGCCCCCACCUUGACAGAAUCCCAGGGUCGUGCGUGGCAGUGGGAGCAACCUCACAGCCAAGACUGGGUCUAACGCUGCUGUCCCGCAGUCACCCCUGCAGGCGGCUCAGGGCAGGGCUCUGGCCUGAUGGGGGUUCCUGGACAUGCCUCUGAGCUGGCAGCCCCUACCCACAUCCCUGCACCCCUGCACCUUCCAUGCCUCUCGCCCUGGGGCCCAGGUUCAGGUUUGUGGGGAGUACAGCACCGUGCUCCCGUGGCCACCGCUCAGGCGAGUGGAUUCAGUGAGAGUUUUCAGUGUGUGCACCUCUGUCCCCGUGUGCCUGUUUCCUGGUGAGGCUGGACACCUGGCAUGUCCGACCACUCUCAUUCCCCAGGCUGGGCACCUGGCAUGUCUGAACACUCUCAUUCCCCAGGCUGGGCACCUGGCAUGUCUGAACACUCUCAUUCCCCAGGCACGCAUGUGCAGCCGCCGCCACCCGUGUACUACGGCGCUGACCCCUCCUGUAACAGCUGUGGUCUUGGCCUCUCGUGUUGGGGCAGAUGUCCCCUUUUCCACUGUUACUUUCUGUUGUCCAAAACUUUAAGUGUCCUGCCAGCCAAAGCUGUUGAGCAUGACUCUGAGACCAUCAGUCCUUGGUAAGUGUCCUGUGCAUUUGGGAUAAGCGUCUGUUUGCAGCUGCGCUUCCUGUGACUUGCUCUGCGUGUCCUCCUCGGUCCGCGUGGGCCACUGCGCUGGUUCCCAGCCUGCCCGACAUGCUCGCUGCGACACCUCCCUUCCCUGCUGCUUGCUGGCUUCUGUGUUCUCUGCAGUAAACAUUGAUUUCUGAC